AUGUUUGCUUAACCAUUUCUACAUGUUCUUCUUACACUGAUAGCCAUAAUGCUAGCACCUCCCUGGUUUUAUUGAAAUAGGGAUCCAGUCACAAGGUUACUAUGUCCGAUAACAACACCAUGGCAGCAUUGCAAUCCACAGAGGAUCCUACAUGCUCAAAAUGCAGUGUGAACAGUGGUUGUGGUCUAAAUUUUAAGUGCAUGCAUUCAAUUUGUCUCGAGUGCCUUCGAAACCUCUCUGUAGAUGAUGAAUCCAUCGACUGUAGUGUCUGUCAAGUGGACGCGAGUUCAAAACAACUUUCUGCUGAGCAUUCAGUACUUGAUGCAAGUAGUGUUGCUGAUCAUGUAGUGGUCGAUGAGGACUUUGUUGUUAAGUUAACGACAAAAAGUCACUUCGGCAGUACCGAGUACUGUGAAGAUUUUAAGGUAACGUGCAAGCUAACGUUACCGUCAUCAGAUCCAGAAGUUGAGAAAUAUUUAAGUGUUGAGGACCAUGAGAAUGGGACUUACAGUCUUUCUGGCUGCUGUGAUGUGCUUGGUGAAUGGGAGCUGUCAUGUUAUUUUAAUGGUGUGCCAAUCAGGCAGUCACCUUUGAAAGUAAAUGUAGUCAAGGGAGGUUUACAGGAUUAUCCAAAUCUAUUCAGAGAAAGAAAGAAUGUCUUGUAUAUGUUUGAUAUUGUUGGUGACACAAUUUAUGCUUGUGGAGGAGCUAAUGAAAUUACGAAAUUCACAUUAAAAGGAAAACUCGUAGGCUCAAUAUAUGGCCCUGCGUCCUGCCAAUUUACAAGUUUAUGCUGUGCAAAUGUAGAGGGCGUUUUUUCGAUUGUGUGCUAUAAUGCACAUGCGAAAAAUCUUAUGAUUUACAAGAAAGAAACCUGGCACGAAUGGCAAGAUGUUAAGAUUGAAUCUGUUCUUGGUAAAUUGACGUCACAUGGCGAUAAGGUCUAUGUUCCUGAUUAUACAAUGAAUUGUGUAUUGUGUUUUUCUAUUGAAGGCGAUUUGCUAGAAAAGAUAGAAGGCACACAUUAUAAGACAGUGAACAUAACAUGUCCAGUUGGUAUCGCUAUCACACAGAAAGAAGAUAUGUUAGUCCUUUCAUAUAACGACUCUCAGGUUGUAGAGUUUGACAACGAAGAUCGUAAAGCUGAAAUUUGGUUCCGAAAUACCACUGAAAAUCUGUUGUACUACCCAUCUGCUAUUGCCAUCGAUGAACGUGGCCAAGUUAUCAUUGGUUCACAGAAAAAGCUACUGCUGUUUAGUAAAGAAGGGAAAUUUAUUAAGCACAUUGAAAACAUACAGCAACAUCUCCCGCAAAAUCCAUACUGUAUUUUUAGCAAAAAUAGACGCAUUUGGGUUGCAGAUAAAAGCGAUUCUUCCCUCCGGAUCUACAAUUAUUGAGAACAAUUUCUAAACAUAAUGAUCGUGAUAAAAUCUCUAAAACGCUACCAUUCAAUGAAAACAAUAAUUUGUUCAUUCAUAAAAAUAAAAAUAAAAUAGACCUAAGUUAUAAUUUCAAUGAGAUAAAUAUGCAUUUUAGUUUACGUACAGUAUAUUGUAAAUAAGAAAUCGUUAAAUUGUCUGCUAAACAAUUUACUUGUACGUUACACUAUAACAAAUUAGAGACGGUAUUGUUAUACAGUUAAUUACAUUGUACAUUAUUUAAAAUUAAAUUUAUCAUAUAAAAUACAAAAAAUAAUAAUACAAGUCUAUAAAAAUGCAAAGGAUUGAUCAUUCUGUAUAAACUGAGUUAAGACAAGUUAUUCAUCUCAUACUAUUUUCUGAUUCUAAUUUUCAAUUGUGUUCCUAAGAAAAAAGCAAAAAAAAUAUGUAGUAACAUAAACCAUUAAGAAAGUAAACUAAAACUGUAUUAGGUAUACUGUAUAAACGAUUAUACUACUGUACUAGUAUAUUGCAAAUACCAAAACAUUGUAGAGAGAAAAUACUGUGUAAUUUAAAAUCGCAUACAGAUGUUCAUUAACUGAUCAAUAUGUAAAAGGGUAUUCCCUUAUUGACGUCAACACGACCGAAAGGAACAAUCGUUAUUAAGUUUUUCUUUGUAGAUUAUUUUGCCUGAUUAAAUUUGUAUUUUAAAAUGUAGUUUGAUGUGUUGUAAGAAAAUAUACGCUAUAUUAUUAAGAUUUAUACAGUAAAGCUAGCGCGACUAUAUUUCAGACUUUAUUGCUUUGUCUGAAAAAUAAAACCUGAAAAAUGAAUCAAAAUGAACAAGUUUUAUAUUUGUAGUCAUUAUUUUUCAUCUAGUGACUCAAAACUUUGUUUC